AUGGCCGACGACGCGUCCCCCGACGCUCUCCCCGACGCUCCCCCCGACGCUCCCCCCGACGACCCCGCCCUCCCAAAAGCCGACGUCCAUGCGCCCCGCACACUCAGCACGCUCCAGGCGGUCGGCCUUAUCGCUACCUGCACCACGGGCAUGAUCCUCACCUCUGCGAACAACACCGCGAUAUCCAUCUCACUGCCCACCAUCGGCGACGACCUCGCCAUUCCUGAAUACCGUCUGCAGUGGGUCAUCUCUGCCUAUUCCCUCAGCGCCGGCUGUCUGCUCCUCUUUUUUGGCCGUCUCGCAGACCUCUACGGCCGCAGGAACGUUUUCCUCCUCGGUGUCUUCAUCCUCGCCGUCUUCGGCCUCGGCUGCGGCUUUGCCCACGACGAGAUCACCAUGGACGUCCUCCGAGGCUUCCAGGGCUUAGGCGCCGCCGCCUGCAUCCCCGCAGGCCUCGGCAUUCUCGCCCACUCUUUCCCCCCCUCCCGCAUCCGCUCCAUCGCAUUUUCCACCUUCGCUGCUGGUGCACCAGUUGGCGCCGCCCUCGGUAGUGCCAUCGGUGGUGUUCUCACCCAGCUCACCCAGCAGCACUGGCGUUCCACCUUUUAUUUCAUGACUGGCCUCGGCGCCCUCACCUUCGCCGGUGGCCUCGCCAGCUUCGACCACGACGCGCCCUCGACCGAACUCGACCGCCGCGUCGACUGGCUCGGGGCCUUCCUCGUCACUGCUGGCCUCGUCAUGAUCGUCUUUGUCCUCAGCGACGGCACCAUCGCCCCCAACGGCUGGCGCACGGGCUACAUCAUUGCACUCCUCAUCCUCGGUGUGCUGCUCCUCGUCGCAUACGUCGCCUGGGAACACUUCCUCGAGAAGCAGCUGCAUGCCCACUCCACCGCCUGGUGGACCCCCCCGCCGCUCAUGCGCGUCAGCCUGUGGGGCCGCGCCCGCGGCAAGCUCGCGAUCACGCUGGUCAUCGCCCUGCUCGAGUACAGCUCGUUCAUGACGUUCAACUUCUGGGUCCAGCUCUACUACCAGGACUAUCUCCGGCUGUCCCCCGUGCUCACGAUGGUGCGCCUCAUCCCGAUGUUCGUGACCGGCGUCAUAUGCAACGUAUUCGUCGCCCUCGUCGUCGGCCGUGUCCCCCUCGCCAUCCUCGUCGCGAUUGGCACGGCGCUCACGGCCACGGCCGACCUGCUCUUUGCGCUCAUCAAUCCCGCGGCGCCGUACUGGGCGUUCGGGUUCCCCGCCGCGGUCGUGUCCGUGUUUGGCGCGGACUUUGUGUUCCCGUCCGGGACGUUGUUCAUCGCCAAAGUGUGCCUCCCGCACGAGCAGAGCGUCGGCGGGGCACUGUUCCAGACCAUGACGCAGCUCGGCGGGGCGUUCGGGCUGGCGAUCAGCACGGUCGUGUACGACUCGGUGCUCGCGCGCGAGUCGCGGCGGUACGGCGUCAUCGUCAACCAGAACGGGUCCAACGCGCCACCUGCAGCGCAGCUCGCGUCGUACAAGAGCGCGAUGUGGACCGGAUUCGCGCUCGGGGUGCUCGGCACGCUCCUCGCCAUUGUCUUCCUGCGCGGGGCGGGGAUCGUUGGCCACAAGAAGGGUGGGGACAGCAGCUCUGCGAUCAGCGGCGACACGGCGCACGACGAGAAGCUUGGGGCGCACCUGCCGAACGAGCAGGUGGAGUCGCUGGACAAGCAGGGGUGA